AUGAAAAACAAAGGAAGAACAAAAGGUUUCUCGGGUACUGAUGAUCAUAAUGAUACGAUGCCUAAAUCAGUUAUACCAGUGCGAUUACUAUCUCAAAAGGGAACAAAUGGUAAAAUAUUACAUAUUUCAUCACGAAAAAUAAAUGAUAAAUAUACAUCAAUUAUGUUUCGUAGUAUUGUUUAUUUUUCUGACGAGGAUAAUAAAAUAAUUGUUAUAUUAAGAAAUGAAGAGUCUUUACCAUUAUCAACAUGUCAUAUUGAUAAUAAAGAAUUAUUUGUUUAUUUAGAUGAAAUUCAUAUUCGUGGAACAGAUUUAAAGUUACCUUUAACUGCAAAUACUAUUGUAAUACUCGGAAAAAAUAUGAGCAAAGAUAAACUUAUGCAAACAGUUAUACGUCUUCGUGAUCUUGAUUUUAUAACGAGUAAACAUGUUUUAAUAUAG